UAGACCUUAUUAAGAUCCAAAGGUAUGGGUCAAGCCUACCCCCUAGCGGCGCGUUUCAGUGUGAAGGGGUGCCGUGAACAGCCGCUUUUUAUUUGGCUUGCCGCAUAUGGCAUGGUAAUAGGCUAUUCAACGGUAGCAGGCGACUACCACAUUUUUCGUAAGUUUUCUGUCACGUUGGAUUGCACGAUUAUGCUGUAUUAUGACUAGUGAUACUACUAUCUGUAGUUUAAAGCUCUCUAAAUUUGCUGAGGGUUUAGUCCCAGAGGAGAAGAAGUUGUACUGCGAUUUUUUAAAAGAAUUGGGGUGUGUUGACCCACUUACAAUUCCCCUAUCAGUGUAUAAAAGUGAAAAAAAAGUGAAAGAAGUGCUUCCUCCAAUAAAAAAUAAACAUUUAGUUCUAUAUUUAGUUAUUGAACGGAAUGGCAGUGAUGGUGAGAAGUUUGAGGCAUACAAAAAUCUAAACGGUUCUCCCCAAUAUGUAUAUAACACUUUUGCCGAUAAACUUCUUGCCUUUCCACUUCCCAAUGGCAUUGUGAUCAUUCGCAGUCAUAUAACUCACUCACAAUCUCUAGGAAUUAACCCAACAACACCGUGGGCUGCAAUACAUUCUGAUGGAAAAGUUAAAGUUGCAUAUUGUGACUGUGCUGCUGGGCUUGGGAGAGUCUGCAUUCAUGUUAGUGCAUUGCUGCAACUUGCUGUUGCUGAGCAUGAACUCCCCAGUCGUAGAACUGAAACUGCUUGGAAUGCUGAUGAAGAUCAAGUAGCACCAACAUCUAAAGCUUGCAAUAUCGUUUACAUUGCAAAUGUUAGCUGGUUUACCUAGAAUACAUAAUGUCAAAUAAAAGUUAUCAGUGUUGUUAUACAACUGAAGUUUACC